AUGACCGUUCAAGAAAAGAGACCUAUUGAAGAAAAUGCUACUUCCGAGCAAAAAAGGCAAAAUACGGAUCCGUAUACUAAGGGUAUUGCUGCCAUCAAGCCGGAAUUUAUUGUAGCUAAGCCAGUACAAGCCACAAACGUGGUAGAGUACCAUGAUGAUGAAGCUGAGGGAGGAGACAGAAUGGCAGAAGGUGCAGCGGAUGGACAACAAAACAAGAAGGGCAAGAGAAAAAGAGGACAAAAUCACGGUCGUGAUCUAAAACAGAAGAAGGAUACUAUUAAACUAUGUCCCUCCAUUAUAGAUCCUGAUGAUUCCAAAUCGUGUUUUUUAGGUGAAGAAAAAUGUAAAUAUUCUCAUGAUUUGCAAUCCUACCUUGAAUCAAAACAGGAGGAUAUUGAUGGUGUUUGUCCCGUUUUCGAAGCAUUGGGUUAUUGUCCUGCAGGAAUGAAGUGCAGAUGGUUGAAAUCUCACUACGAUAAAGAAACUAACAAAUUGAUCAGAGAUUUAGCAAAGCUUGAUCUAGCAAGUAAGACAAACUUUGAAGUGAAUGCCAUUGAUAAAGAGGCCAAGUUUGCCUUGCAAAAGAAAAAGUAUGAAUUCAAGAUUGCCACUCCUGUGAUUAAUUUUUUGGAUUCCAAAAUUCAAAAUGAAACAAGGGAAGAACGCAAGGACAAUGAGGCUAGCUACGUUGAGCAACCUUUCAAGAUUUCUGAAAAGAAAAGAAUAAACCUCAACAGAGCAAAAAUUGUGUCGCCUUUGACUACGGUUGGCAAUUUGCCAUAUCGUCGUCUUAUGAAAACAUUGGGUGCCGAUGUGACGUACUCAGAAAUGGCUUUAUCUAUUCCCUUGGUCCAAGGGCAUAAUCCUGAGUGGGCAUUACCCAAAGCUCAUGUGAGUGAAUAUCCUGGUUUUGGUGUACAAAUAGCCAGUUCCAAAUUGUGGUCUGCGGCAAAGGCGAGUGAAGCCAUCUAUGAAAACACCAAUCAUGUUAGCGAGCUAAAUUUGAACUGUGGUUGCCCUAUCGACUUACUAUACAGACAAGGUCAAGGAUCCGCUUUGUUAGACCAGCCACCAAGACUACUCAGACUCGUGAAAGCAAUGAAUGCAUCAUCUGGUGACAUUCCAGUUACAAUCAAAAUCCGGACAGGUGUUAAGGAGAAUAAAAACACAGCCAAACAACUAGUGGAUAGGGUUUUGUCUGAAACUCAAGUUGCUGCAAUAACUCUUCACGGAAGGUCAAGACAACAAAGAUAUUCCAAAGAAGCUGAUUGGGCAUAUAUACUGGAAGUAGGUAAAGUUGUCAAAGAUUGGAACGCCAAGAGAGAAGAAGACAAAGAUGCUUCAGAUACGACACCAACUUGGUUUGUUGGUAACGGUGAUGUUUAUUCUCAUGAGGACUGGUAUAAUCACGUAAAUACAGAAGGUAUUGAUUCCGUGAUGGUGGCUAGAGGUGCAUUAAUCAAACCCUGGAUUUUCGAGGAAGUUGAAGCACAACAAUAUUUGGAUAAAUCAUCGUCUGAAAGAUUGGACAUGUUGGGAAAUUUUUCCAAAUUCGCUAUAGAGCAUUGGGGCUCCGACGAAUAUGGUGUGAACAUAGCAAGGAGAUUCAUGUGCGAGUUUAUCAGUUUCACUCAUAGGUAUAUUCCUGUUGGUAUCAUGGAAAGGUUACCGCCAAAAUUAAAUGAGAGACCACCAACGUGGGUUGGUAGGAACGAGAUGGAGACAUUCUUAGCUUCCACGGAUUACAAAGAUUGGAUCAAAAUAACCGAAAUGUUUUUGGGUAAAGCUAGUGAUGAUUUUCAAUUUGUUCCUAAACACAAGAGCAACGCGUACGAAACUAAAGACUAA